GGGUCCACACAUCACUGGAUGCGGCAGCGGCAUGUGGACGGCAGACACACCGGAGACGUGUGUGGGUACUUUAUGUUGACCGGUCCGGGCUCUCAUAGGAGCGCAUGACCCACCGUGAUGGCCGGGGGACGCAGAGGACUGGUGGCCCCACAAAACACUUUUCUGGAAAAUAUUGUCCGACGGUCUAACGUUUGGACAUUAUCACAUAGACACACAGACACAAACUUUGUGUUGGGAAAUGCCCAGAUCGUAGACUGGCCCAUCGUUUACAGUAAUGAUGGCUUUUGUAAGCUGUCUGGCUACCACCGUGCUGAGGUCAUGCAGAAAAGCAGCACAUGCAGCUUUAUGUACGGAGAGCUCACAGAUAAGGACACGUGUGAGAAAGUUCGGCUGACUUUCGAGAACUACGAGAUGAAUUCGUUUGAGAUCUUGAUGUACAAGAAAAACAGAAUGCCUGUUUGGUUUUUUGUGAAAAUAGCGCCUAUACGAAACGAACAGGAGAAAGUUGUGCUCUUCCUGUGUACGUUUAGUGACAUCACAGCAUUCAAACAACCAAUUGAAGAUGACUCCUCCAAAGGAUGGGGGAAGUUUGCUCGUCUGACCAGGGCUCUGACCAGCAGUAGAGGGGUCCUGCAACAACUGCAGCCCACCGUACAUAAAGGAGAGAAUGUACAUAAACACUCGCGCCUUGCAGAGGUUCUCCAGCUGGGCUCAGACAUUCUGCCCCAGUACAAACAAGAGACACCCAAGACCCCUCCUCACAUCAUCCUGCACUACUGUGCCUUUAAGACCACAUGGGACUGGGUCAUCCUCAUUCUCACCUUCUACACCGCCAUCAUGGUCCCAUACAAUGUCUCGUUCAAAACCAAGCAGAACAAUGUCACCUGGCUGGUCGUGGACAGCAUCGUGGAUGUGAUCUUUUUGGUAGAUAUCGUGCUAAAUUUCCACACUACAUUCGUGGGCCCGGCGGGGGAAGUGAUAUCAGACCCGAAACUGAUUCGCAUGAAUUACUUGAAAACCUGGUUUGUGAUUGACCUGCUAUCCUGUCUGCCUUAUGAUGUCAUCAACGCCUUUGAGAAUGUGGACGAGAACUGGAAUCAUCGAGCUGUCACUCAAGGCAUCAGUAGCUUGUUUAGUUCACUCAAGGUGGUUCGGCUGUUGCGUCUGGGCCGGGUCGCUCGCAAACUAGAUCACUACAUCGAGUACGGUGCAGCUGUUUUGGUUCUGCUGGUUUGCGUCUUUGGGCUGGCGGCUCACUGGCUGGCCUGCAUCUGGUACAGCAUUGGAGACUAUGAGGUCAUAGACGAGGAAAAUAACAAAGUACGCCAUGAGAGCUGGCUUUACAUGCUGGGUGAGACAAUCGGGACACCCUAUCGCUUCAACGUCAGCGGUACAGGAAGAUGGGAAGGUGGGCCUACAAAAGAUUCAGUCUACAUCACGUCUCUGUACUUCACCAUGACCAGCCUGACCAGUAUUGGCUUUGGAAAUAUCGCUCCAACCACAGAUGGGGAGAAGAUCUUCGCUGUGGCCAUGAUGAUGAUUGGAUCUCUCCUCUACGCCACCAUCUUUGGAAACGUGACAACUAUCUUCCAGCAGAUGUAUGCUAACACAAACCGCUAUCACGAGAUGCUGAACAGCGUGCGGGACUUUCUCAAGCUGUACCAGGUGCCCAAAGGCUUGAGCGAGAGGGUUAUGGAUUACAUCGCCUCCACGUGGUCCAUGUCCCACGGUAUUGACACCGAAAAGGUUUUGCAGAUCUGUCCUAAAGACAUGCGCGCUGAUAUAUGCGUGCACCUGAACAGGAAGGUUUUCAAGGAACAUCCUGCUUUCCGUUUAGCCAGUGACGGCUGUUUGCGGGCUUUGGCCAUGGAGUUCCAGACCAUCCACUGCGCUCCAGGCGAUCUUAUCUACCACGCGGGCGAGAGCGUGGACAGCCUGUGUUUUGUGGUGUCAGGGUCACUGGAGGUCAUCCAAGACGACGAGGUGGUCGCCAUUCUGGGUAAAGGUGAUGUGUUUGGGGAUGUGUUCUGGAAGGAGGUGACGCUAGCUCAGGCAUGUGCUAAUGUGAGAGCGCUAACAUAUUGUGACCUGCACGUGAUCAAACGGGACGCGCUUCAGAAAGUCCUAGAGUUCUACACCGCCUUCUCCAACCACUUCUCACGAAACCUCUUGCUUACGUACAACCUGCGCAAACGGCUUGUGUUCAGAAAGAUCAGUGACGUGAAACGUGAGGAAGAGGAGCGGCUGAGGAGAAAGAACGAAGCCCCUCUAAAUCUCCCCCCUGAUCACCCUGUCCGCCGUCUGUUCCAGCGAUUUCGCCAGCAGAAGGAAGCUCGCCUCGCCGCUGGGCGUCCCAAUCCCGAUGACCUUGAUCUCGAAAAGGGCCAAAUCCACCACGAAGUCAUCAGCCAAGAUGUAGUCGCCACCACAAGCAUCGUCACGGUAACAGAAAGCCCAGCUACGCCUAUCCCAUCCCACCCGAGCAAAACCCGCACCCUGGGUCCAUUUGACCAGGCCAAGCUCAGCGCCCCUGCCCCAAACGUCCCUCGUACAUCAGAGCCACGAGCAAGAGGAUGGGCGAGGUUUAGGGAGAGCAUGGCGAAGCCAGAAAACUGGGGAAACGUUUCUAAAGCAGAAUCGAUGGAGACUCUUCCAGAGCGGAGCGGCUCCGGAAAAACUUCGGAACCCGGCGGAUUAAAGAAGACUGAUUCCUGUGACAGCGGCAUUACUAAAAGCGACCUCCGGCUGGACGAAGGUGGCGCCCGCACCCCUGUCGACCGGAGCCCAAUCCAGCCCGACGGAAAAGCUCCCCCGAUCCCACCAAUCCCUACUAUUCCCGAACACACACUGCACGCCUCGCUCCUGGAACUCCGUACGGAACUUAAAGAGGAGCUGUCGGCACUCAGUAACCGAAUGGUUGCAUUGGAGACGCAAGUCGCUGAGGUGUUGAGGCUGUUAAGGAACAGAAAGACUCCGACCUCUCCCAUGUCGCUCUUCCAGAUCUCGCGGCCGACAUCACCAGACACGGACAAGGAGGACAUAUUCCCUUGAAUAAAUGAGGUAAGCAACUUUCUUCUCGAAAGGGAGACGACUGAGAGACUUUCUCAGAGAAAAAUGGAACCAGCAAAAAGCAUGACAGACACUUUAAGAGACUGUGUGUGAGAGAGAGAGAGAAUGAAUGAGGGAAAGGAUGAAAUAAGACACUGGAAAAGUGAAGAGGAUGUCUUAUCCCAAGGCAGAGCAUCUGCGAUACCAAAGCGAUGGUGUGUUAGUUGUCACGCAGACACUCUUUGUGUGGAACUGCUUCUUGUUUUCGUCCUGCGAGGCUGACAGACAGUGAGAGCUCUUGCCGCAGGGCCCACUCUGACUGAUGGUUGUCAUGGCAAUGCAUCGUCCCCAAUUGCAAGUGCGGGCCCUUCAAGAUCCCACUCAUGUAGCAAGUCUUCCCCUCUCUUUUUCGCUUUCACACACACGCACACACACACACACACACCGCUGUUUCUGCUCUGCAGUCUUUCUGGUAUAGGGAUCCAUUCGGCUCCAUCGUGCUGGUUAACUCGCUGCCCAAUACGAGCCUUUAUCAAGAAUCACAGAGCUAAGCGACUUACAAUGUGAAGACAAAAGACUAAAGAAGCAAGAGGCAUUCCAGGAACUAUGGAAACCCUAGGCAGCUUUGGUGAAUUACUUUAGACAAAUGUGUUUGUAUAAUGACAAAUCAACUAUUAUCCCGAGAGUUAACUGUACACGUUACUGGAGAAGCUAAUGAGCUCUACAGGGGUUUUGAAGUGUAACAGCUGUUAAGGCCCUUUUCCAUGACUUGCGUCGAUCCACAUCUCAACAAAAUGUAAAAUCAGAUGGUGCAGCGGUGUUAUACAGUUUUAGGAAUGCACAUUAUAGCAGAACCAUAUCAGAUUUAUUGGGUAUCAGCCAAUAUUGAACAUUUAAUUGUACAGUGCAUGCUCAUUUACCAUAUUUUUAUAUUUAGACUACAUUUGCUAUCAUCUAACACUCACUGAAAGUUACUAUUUAAAAAAAAAACAUUAUUUAAAAAGACUGUUAAGUGUAAUCUGUAGCAAUUUUCAAAAUGAUUAUCUAUUUUUCAUACUGUACCUUAUACAUUGUUAUGAUGCUUAAAUUCACCUUUAACAUUUGAAAUGAUUGCUUUUAGCUCGUAUUGUUUCAUUUUUAAUGAAUUUAGAACAAAAAUAGAGUAGAAUUUUAAUAUUGGUCAUUAUCAGUUAUAACAAAUUAAAUAUCGGUCUAGUAUCUAUCAGAAUGUUAAUAUUGGCGCAUCACAAUUUAAUUGAUUCAUUUUUAUUAAAAUAUUUCUGUUUAAAUUACAAAGAAAAUAUUUUGAAAGCAGGAUUUUCAUAACUAAAGUCACUAUAUCAACUGUUAUGAUUUCUCCCGUUUAUAUUCUACAAAUAGCCAAUCUGCGCUCCCUCACAGGGUCUAUGAAUAUGUGUGAAAUGGUUAUAUUUUUGAGCAUUGUGUUACAGCCUGCAGACAAUGCGCAUCUGAGGUAAUGCUGUAACAUGAUGUUCAAUGCAUCGGCAGAUGUUGAUGCAAGUCAUGUGAAAGGACCUUCACCUCCUUUGGUCCACAACAGGCCUCUUCAAACAAGUUCAUUAGUGACUUCUUUUACUGCAGAGGCCAACAAUGGAAGAACUAGUGAAAUGAAAGCACGUGUGUUGUUUCUUUAUCAAUGAUUGGGUCUUCCAGAAAGCACACAAACAUAUUGUUAUUCAGAUCUCUAGUGCAUCGUAGCUUUGUUUUACAAAAUAACUGAUGGAUGUAAUCAAUACACAAUUUUUUCACAACACCACAGUACAUCCUAACACAGUUACGAGGAACUUUCAGCAAACAACUAAGCUCAAAGAAUCUCAGGAACGAAAAGGGGUGAUGGUUUGAGAGCUCAUUCUGACCCCUUUCCUGGAUGUUUUUGCAUAUUAAAUACUAAAGAUGUGAGAAUUAUGUUCUCACCAGGUCUGUUAUUAUGUCUAACCUUUUCAUUGUAUAAUAGGAGAGACUGGGACUUGUUGUCAAGAGCCUAAAAUAGGCUUUUUAAUUCCCGCUCUGACAACUGGUCAAACAGUACUGAAUCUUUUUUUUUUUUCCUGUUAAAACAGCUUUUUUGUAACCAAGACCGCAAGGUAAGUGUCUGUAGAGAAAUUGCCUUUUAAAGAUAAAACAACCUUGAGAAAUAUUCACUGAAAGUAUGACAGCCAGUGCCAGUCUCCCCUAUUAUUAUAUUAAACAAAGCUCCCAAAGCAAGUUUGGGAGGAGCCUGUUCAGUUAAUCCGUUAAUCACAUGGCUAAGAUAUAAAUAGCUGUUUAUUUCACUGUUUUUUCCAAGUGUCCCUCCCCCGCAUCAAAUCCACCUUGAUUUCCGUAAUGAGGUCCAGGGGGGAACGCAGAGAUCCAGUCUAUUCAGAUCAACACCGCCAAACCUGAUUGUUUUUCUCCGUCACAGAAUAUAUGAGCUUGCAUUUAUAUAUUCUGAGAUGAUGCUUAAUUAUUCAAGUUUACAGUUGUCGACCGUACAAACCCAGAUACGCCCGUUAAAGGACAUGCUAGCAUGCUGCGUGAAGUUCUCAGGUUAGAGAGGUCAUUAUCGGGUCCACAGGAGAUGUGCUGAGGUCAGUAUCACCUCAGUGUCACCUGCUUCUCCGCUACCUGAGAGCAGAGAGAGAGAAACAUGAUUCAGAACAAUGACGUAAAAACCAAAACUCCACCAAGGUCAUAUCAAACAUCAUAUCAUGAAUUUAAAAUAAACCCGAUUAUAUUGAAAAAAAAAACUACAUGAAGAUGUUUACAACAAAGGUACAUUUGUACAGUAUAAAGAGAUUUUAUAACAUCCUGAAUUCUUUAAAUUAUAUAUAUAUAUCCCUUGAGAGAUGGUUAACUCAUUCUGUCAGCAGGCCGGCGGAAAAACAUUAUUAAAUGGUAAAAUUCCAGGUUGUUUUAUGCUUCAGAGCUUGUUUUACAAUAACGACAUCUUAAUUAGCUUUAAUAUUAUGGGUCAUUUGCUUAUACUUAUACAAAUACUGAGCUGGAAUUGGAAAAAGUUAAGCGCUUCUACCCCAUGCUGUUUCUCCGUCGUCUUUUAGAGAGCAACCCUGAACUGAUUUUAAAUAAGACAUAUGAAUGUUACAGUAACACUAAUAACAAUACUGACAUGCAAAUCCAUGUAAACCGGAAUGUAAAGCGUCAGCCUGAGCUGAUUCUGAAGCAAUAAUCAUUGCUGCUGUAUUUCACCCAGACUAUUCCCACCAUGCUUCUCCAGCCCAGAUACAACAUUUAACCUGAACCACAUGAUGUAAUCAACGUAAUAUAACAAACAAACGCAGCCCUGAUGUCACUGCAUGCCUCUGCAGCACAGCAAUAAGCGUCGUGAUAUUCAGAGAAUGCACUUUUUCAUCGUGAGAGAGAAUGAGAACGAGGAUUGUAUAGAGCUGAUUCGUUUAAGAAGAAAUGCGCAGCCUUUAGACACUAGCAUGGUUUACUCGCAGAGAUUUGUUACCAUCCGAUCGUGACUGAUUUGAUCAAAUACGCCAACAGCAUGGCUUGAUUUGCACUUUAAAUAAGGUUAAGACAUGCAUGGUAAAUACAAAGGAAAAUUGAAUAAAUUACCAUUAAAAAAGAAAGUACUCCUCUACUGCACGAGUAUUUAAUCUCUUGCCUCUUACCCCAUAGAGCUAAUGGAUUCACUCUUUGUAGCAGACCUGUCUGACUCUCGGUGAGUGAGUUCAAAUUUGCAUUUAGC